GAGGGAGGAAUGCAGUCGAGCAGACUCGCGCACACAUACACACGCACGCGCGCGCAGGAGCAGCAGUAGCAACAGCGGCGACUCACUGGAUUUACACAAAAACAUUUCACUUAAAUACACAAAUGCCGGCACGCAGAACGCUUAGGUUUUAUGUAACUACGCAUGGAUCGUAUAAAAAGGCGUUUGUGAAGAAGUAUUUGUGAACGUGAUCCAGUUUUAAACGGUUUUAGCGUCUUUGUACAGCUUCCGAUUUCUGAGGUAACCAUAGAUAUCGAAGACACAGGAGCGCUUUAAUUUUAUUUAACGUUACUCGCACUCGCCGAGGAUCGCGGUAAAUCCUCAAAUUUGAUUUUUAAACAUUUUGAGAGGAUUUCUGUCAAGAAACGCUGAGCAAGGGAUCAAAUCCAGUCAAGAGACGGAUCCAGUCAACCUCGGGCAGCCGGAGUGGAAGUGUUUCCCAGACUCUUGCACUGUGACUGCGGCGCAGCAGCCCGAGAGAUGCCACAUGCUGUCAAAUCUCACUUCUUUGUGUGCUCCGCUGCCUGCUUUUUUAAACUCUGAUUGGUGGAGGGUCUCGCCGAAACGAUUGCAAAACCCACCCUAUCAAAACGGAGAAAGAUGUGCUGGCGCAGUCAGUUGUUGAUUAACCCCUCGUGCCUCCGGGCUGAACUGCAGCCAUCCAUGAGCUCUCCGAAUGAAAUUGGCUAAAGUCACUACAGCUGAUGGCGCCAACGAUCACCUCUACUGCCUGCUAGGUUGAGGAGAUUUGGGGUACCUCGUAGACCCCUAGAUUCCUCCGAUGAACCCCAUCAACUCCAUGAAACCUGCCCUGCCUCCAACGCCACACAGUGACGCCUCAUACCCAUAUGAUUCUGUCCCCUGGCAGCAAGGCCCCAAUCAGCCUGCCGGCUCCCUCUCUGUGGUAACCACAGUGUGGGGGGUAACCAAUCCUUCACCCAGCCAGGUUUUUGGUGCUCCCAUGGGUCCAGGCGGAAACUCAGGCGGUGGUCACAUGAUGCCUGGCAACAGCCCGGGCAUGAACUCCUCUCAGUUUAUGAGCCAGCAGGGCUACCCAGAGCCCAACAAGGGCUACAUGCAGCAGGGCAUGUAUGGGCGGCCCAGCGGGGGAUACCCAGCAGGGCCUGGAUACGGGGGCAGCUACCCCAAUAACGGAGGGGGUUCCCUCGGGAUGCCGCCACACGGAGUACGCCAGUCCACAGACUUCACCCAGGCGGCCGCCGCCGCUGCCGUGGCUGCAGCCGCUGCCACCGCAACGGCCACUGCCACAGCAACAGUUGCCGCUAUACAGGAGAAGCAAAACCAGGAGAUGAACUACGGGCCUAUGGGUGGCGCUUCCUCUUACAACACCCAGUUCCUGUCACACUCCGGACCCCGUGGCCCACCCGGUAUGGCCCCCUCAGGAAUGGUCGGCUCCAGACCCCCUUCCAUGGGACCCAUGUACGCGCAACAGGGCCAGAGGUUGCCCCAGCAUCCGGUGUAUCAGGGAGGCCAGCAGGUUCCUCAACGACACCCGCAGGGACUGAAACGCCCCUAUAACGCCGAUGGAUUUCCGGGUCAGCAGUAUGGUCCUGGGAUGGGUGCUGGGGGCCCUUACCCAGGCCAGCCCAUGCAGUACGGUCCUGGGCCACAGCGGUCUGCGCCGUCUCCAUCUUACCCAACCCACAGAAUGCCCAUCCAGCAACCCAAUAUGGGCCAGUAUCCUGCAGGACCAGGAAACCCUGGCCAGUACUACAAGGCGGACCAGUUUAAUGGACAGGGCAACAGCCACACCAGUCUAUCAUCUGGAGUGACAGGAUCUGGCUACAACACCUUCAGCCAGGCCGCUGUCAAUGGGCCUGGACGCUCGAUGCCUGGAUACCCCAGCUCCCCCCUCCCGGGAAAUCCCACUCCUCCUAUGACCCCUGGCAGUUCUAUGCCGUACAUGUCCCCCGGCCAAGAUGUGAAAUCGCCCUUCCUCCAUGAUGUCAAACCUAACAUCAACUCUCUGCAGCCCCCUACAGGGAACCCCAGUGAUGACCUGCGUCUGACUUUUCCCGUACGGGACGGUGUCGUGUUGGAGCCCUUCCGACUGGAGCACAACUUAGCCGUCAGCAACCACGUCUUCCAGCUGCGAGACUCCGUCUACAAGACCCUCAUGAUGAGGCCAGACCUGGAGCUUCAAUUUAAGUGCUAUCAUCACGAAGACAGGCAGAUGAACACCAAUUGGCCGGCGUCGGUGCAGGUGAGCGUCAACGCCACGCCUCUCACCAUUGAGCGCGGGGAUAACAAGACCUCCCACAAACCCUUGUACCUGAAGCAAGUCUGUCAGCCGGGACGCAACACCAUACAGAUAACGGUCACGGCCUGCUGCUGUUCUCAUCUGUUUGUACUGCAGCUGGUUCACAGGCCGUCCGUGCGCUCCGUUCUUCAGGGUCUGAUGAAGAAAAGGCUCCUGCCAGCGGAGCACUGUGUCACUAAGAUUAAGAGGAACUUCAGUAGCGGUACCAUCCCGGGAACUCCCGGGCUCAACGGCGAGGACGGCGUGGAACAGACGGCCAUCAAAGUCUCGCUCAAGUGUCCAAUCACCUUUCGCCGUAUCCAGCUUCCUGCCAGGGGCCAUGACUGCAGACACAUACAGUGCUUUGAUCUGGAGUCCUACCUGCAGCUAAACUGUGAAAGGGGAACUUGGCGUUGUCCUGUGUGCAAUAAGACCGCUCUUCUGGAAGGGCUAGAAGUGGAUCAGUACAUGCUGGGCAUUCUUAUAUACAUCCAGAAUUCGGACUAUGAAGAGAUCACCAUUGAUCCAGUAUGCAGCUGGAAACCAGUCCCGGUGAAACCAGACCUGCAUAUUAAAGAGGAUCCAGACGGCCCUGCCCUGAAACGCUGUCGCACCCUUAGUCCUAGUCACAUGAUCCUGCCCAGCGUAAUGGAAAUGAUUGCAGCGUUGGGCCCGGCCUCCUCGCCCUACCAGUCUUUACCACAAGGUGGAAGUAGCAGCACGCCUGAUUAUCCCAACCAAGGUGGUUCAGGAUAUUCCAACCAGUCAGGCUUUUCGGACUUUCCCAAUGCUCCCGGCACCCCGACCCUGGGGGAAUUUGCCUCCGGACCGCCCCCUCUUUCCUACCAGUCUGACCUACCUAGCGGUCUGCUCACCCCUGAAAAACCUGUGGGACACCCAAUGUCAGGACAGAUGCCCCAUUCUAGUCGAAUGGACCCUUCCCACAAUCCCCUCCAACAGCAACAACAACAGCAGCAGCAUCAAGGUCUUCAUGGUAACCCCAACAUGGGUGGCCCCGGAGGACCCAUGCAUUCCCGCAACCCCUCCCAGAACACCCGGAUGCACGCAGAUAGUUUUGGGCUGGGGGGACCCGGAGACGUUCCUGAGCCUCCACUUGAUCUUCUCCCAGAACUGACGAACCCAGAUGAGUUGCUGUCCUACUUGGGUCCGCCCGACCUUCCUAACAACAGCAGCGAUGACCUGCUCUCUCUGUUCGAGAGCAACUGAGCCCCAUCCCGUUCAUUCCUCCGCCCUGCGUCACCGUCCAACCGACAGCCUCCCCCUGCACGCUCUCGGCCCACCGCAGGGAGGUUUGGGAAGUGUAACAGAUAGCCAAUUGCGCCCUUUCCUUUUGAGACUCAUGGGAAGGCGCAACAGAGAUCUUUUUUUCCUGUGACAAUGUUACCGUUCGUCUGCUUCGCUGAACUCUGUCAAGAUUUUAUUGUGAAUUCAUUUCGGAAAAAGUUCCUUUCUUACGAGCUGCGCUCUCGGAUCAUUUGUAGAAAGACGCCUCAUCUCGCAUCUGACUCGGUGUGUGUGGUGUAAAUGACAUUGUGUGGUUUGGGGGGUGGGACGGGUCCGGACAUCAUUCGUUUUUUCAUUGCAGCUCCUGUUUUAAAUCUAAAUUAGACAAAAAAAGAAUAUGGGCGGAGCCAAAGCGUUUUACUUCUGAUGUGACACAAUUCAGAAAUAGUUUUAAUAAUGCAUACUGUAAAUCACAACUUCUUUCAUAAACAGGAAGGCUUUUUUGCCCAAAGAUAGCUCCAUGUAACAUUUAUUUUACUUGAAGGAAAACUCAAGUGUAGCCUUUUUCCUAAAAACAUGCUGAUGGAGGCAAUCACAAUGUGCUAGACAGUAGCAUUAAAAAAACAUUUAUUGCACACUUGGAUGUUUCGAUACUGUUUUGCCUACAGAUACAUACAAUAAAAGGCAAUGAAUCUGUUUUAGGUAACACACACAUGCACACCUUUAGUCACCCUUAGUGUGUGUUUUGGCACAAAAACAAACUUUUAUACCACACCCUGCUUUCAAAAACCUGUCUGUUCCCCCUGACUAAGUUUUUUUUAUAAAGUCUUCCUCCUUGUGGAUUUCGGGUCACAAGGUCUAUGGAUUUCUACAAUGCCAUUCGAACCCCUCACUAAAUAUGCAAGUGAGAGACUUUGGGCUGCUAUAUGGUGUAAAAAGAAAUGCGACCGCAUUUCGUACAGAAAUCGUACAGAGAGUGCAGGCAGCCCUGUAGCAACUUGUAGACAGGUUAUUAAACACACAAACGCACACAACUUUGGCGCAAAUCUUCCCAUAGUUUUUGCUCGGACAGAUCUGGGUGGGUAGCUAACAGGAAACGGACUGACUUUAUACCUGCAAACAUUGGUAUACAUUGGGAUUCAUGUGAAAUAUGUACAGAUAUAGUAUUAUUAUUGUUGCAGAUGUGAACUUUCUCUUAACCCCAUAAUAAUAUGAAAAAAAUGAACAUUUUAAACACUAUGACAAGAGCUGGUGUCAGACAUGCUGUUUAUUCCCCCGUUCGUUCUCAUUCAAUACUCAUGUUCUCGAUGGAUGAAGAUGAGUCUGCUGUCGUGUCUUGUCUCAUUUUAUUUAUCAUCACUCUUUGGGCACUGUUAGCAAAGUGCAGUUUGUAUAUUAACAAUACAGGGAGCACCGGGAGUUGUUGGGUAUGUGCUUAUGUUUUUCCUUUUAAAGUCAUUUGUGUAUCAUACAAUUUUAUCUUUUGAUUAUAUAAUAAUUGUUAUUAUAAUUAUAAAGACAAUUGAUGGGCCUGUAUGCAUCUCUCUGUCUCUCUUCUGUGUUAACUAGCAGAGUUUAUGAAUUUGUUAGAAAGAGAAAAACAUCAUGAAAUCAUCAUCUAAAAUCUAUGACCAUGGGAAACUUGGAGACCUGCAUCAUGUCGCGUUCACUUGUUGAUCAAACUGUUGGAAAAGAUGUUUGACUGUCACGUGUUGGUGGAUCAUUACGUUCUAUCAAUUGAAUUAAAACAUGUACAAUUGAAAUCGAUUUGUUUUUCUAAGGAUGUGAAAUAUUUCCAUUAUGUUUUGUAAGUAAAGACUUAAGCCCCA